AUGUUGACCUCCCACUGGGUGAUCUUCGAUGUGUUUUUUAAAUUUAAGAAAGAGGAAGUUCUAUCUAGCUCUCAGAGAGAAAGCCACAGUGAAAUUCAACAGGGAAAAUACAUCUUUCCCGCAGAAAGUGACCAUCACGAAGCGACGAUCCUAGGCUUCCCAUCCAGAAGCUCCCUUCCACCCGACAAAUACGACGCUGUAUGUACAGAGUUAGCAGAGCUCGCAGUCGCAGUCGCAGAAUUUGAGCCCGUGCGUAUUUAUGUGCGCCCAGAUGAGAAAGACCUCGUUGAGACCCUACUUCACAAUACUACGAAAGACCUCUCCCGUGUGACCAUCACCCCAUGCCCGAUCAACCACUGCUGGGUGCGAGACACGGGCCCAAUCUACGUCCGUGACGCGACUGGUAAAUUCCCCGAUCGACGUUUCGCUAUCAACUUUCGCUUCAAUGAAUGGGGCGGAAAGAAACCUGAGACUGGUGGACUCUCCUGGGGGCAGCGAUGGCCACCAAUGGAUGAUAAGGAUCUACGAGAGAACACGGACUUUGCGCGCUGGGUGAUUGAGCAUGACACCGAGCCAUACCCUGUGACCAGGAUUGAUUCCCCCGUCCGAGCUGAAGGGGGUGCGUUCGUGACGGAUGGAGAAGGAACCCUUCUGAUCACGGAGAGCAGUAUCAUCUGCGACAUGCGCAAUCCCGGAAUGUCCAAGGUUAGAAUCGAAAGUGAGCUGAAGCGGCUAUUGGGUGUUGAGAAAGUAAUUUGGUUUCCUGGACGUCGCAAUGUCGAUAUCACUGAUGUGCAUAUGGAUGCCGAGGCUCGAUUUGUUCGCCCUGGUGUCAUUGUCUACUCCAAGCCCCAUGAUGUGGCACCAGACCUGUGGAAGGAAAUAUCCAGAGAGAUUUGGGACACCCUAGGACGUGAAACAGAUGCCAAGGGACGGCAUUUGGAAGUUCAUACGAUAUCUGAGCCUGAUCCCCGGGGCUUGACCAAGACGGACGCGGAGGAGCUGGCGGCUAGUUAUGUCAACUUCUAUUUUGUCAACGGAGGAUUAAUCAUACCCAAGUUUGGCGAUGAGGAAAGGGAUCAGCAGGCCCUCGAGAUUUUAUCCACGCUGGUUCCUGAUCGAGUGAUUCGACAAGUCUAUGCUAAUGCCAUCCCCCUGACUGGAGGGGUAUUGCACUGUGUGACACAACAGAUACCCUCUAUGUGA